AUGACUGAUGACAGCCAGUCAUGUAAUACUCCCCUGCACACUGCUGCAAGCUGUGGGGACUUAGAUGAGGUCAGAGAGCUGUUGAAAACAAAGCAAUAUGAAGUGGACGUCAAAAACUCACACAACCAAACAUCUCUUCAUCUUGCAUGUGCUAAUGGUCAUCUCGAUGCGGUUUGGACACUAGCCAAUGACUUUGGUGCUGACAUAGGAGCUAUUGAUAAUGAUGGAAAUACACCAUUGCUUUUUGCUGCUAAGAACAAACAUGUACAAAUAAUUAUAAUGUUGCUUCUAUUAUCAAUGUAUCAUAGACACCUCUUCAACGGAGACUACGUGCUCUGUUCCUUUAGCCGUAGUCAGAUGGAUUCUCAUCAUGUUAAACUCUUUGAGGAUGUCCUUUUCGAGUAUUACAAUGAUUCUGAAGCAGUGGAGAAAACUAUGCGUCUGAUAAGUAAAUUCUUUGUUGAUUAUAUUGAAUUCAAGGAUUAUAAAGAUGAUGGCUUUAUUGCAUUGUUUGUAGCUGCAUCACUCGGUCUCAAAGACUUGAUUAAUCGACUAGUUACACAGAAUAAAGUAGACCUGAAUAUUAGGGGAUUCCAUGGCUUAUCUGUUCUCCACUGUGCCUGUUUUGGAGGACACAUCCAGCUCAUGGAGAAUCUUAUUUCAGAACAUCUUAUGGACCUUUCUGUUAAGGAUACAAAAGGGCACACAGUUUUGCAUUACGCAACUUUAAAGGGGACUCCCUAUGAAUGCUAUUGUGGUCACAUAGAACUGAUAGACAAACUGGUGGUGGAAUACGGCCUCAAUCCCACAGAUAGAGAUAAUGAUGGAAACACACCUCUACAUAUUGCAGUUUCGAAAGGACAUGUUGAAGUAGUGACACACCUGAUCAUUAAGCACAGUGCUGAUAUUGAUUGCACUAAUAACCAGAACGCUACUCCAUCAAUGCUGGCUGCACUAAAUGGUCAUGUGCUUGUUUUAGAUAUGUUAGUCAAAGAAUUCAACAGCAGUUGUCAUGUCCGAGAUGACGAUGCCUCCUUUAAAGGACGUGUUGAAACAGUGAGACACCUGAUUAGCAAGCACAAUAAAGAUAAUGAUGGUAACACACCUCUACAUAUUGCAGCCUCCAUUAAAGGACGUGCUGAAACAGUGAGACACCUGAUUAGCAAGCACAGUGCUGAUCCUCCAUUAAAGGACGUGCUGAAACAGUGA